GUUUAAUCUGUGACGAUUAUGUACUCCCGUUUUGGCGGAGAAAGUGAUAAAAGCUUUUCCAAUUGCUAAAACAAACACAAGAUUAAAUCACCGAUGUGUGGGCGCGAGCAUGACACUUGGAUUAUCCAAACCCACGAAAAAUUCGCAGCUGACGAUUAACCAGACUCGAAUGGCAGCCUUUUUGAUUCAUACUGGAGAGGCCGACGCUCGACACUACCAAUCCUAAAGCUAAAAAUUAAGUUUCAAACGAAAAUUCCAAUGUUCACGGCGGCGAUGGGAUCAGUCCAGGGCCUCUCCAUCCUCUCUCAGCUCUUUACGACUGAUGCUCUCCCUAGUAACCAUUCUUCGCUCUUUUCUAUCACAAUAAACUCGAAAUUCCACCGCAAAUCUCCCAUCAGACGGCGUUUGUUCUAUGUGGCUGCCACCACCGAAGUCUCCGGUUCGGAGGAAGCUGUCGGCGAUCUGAAAGACUCUUCAUCUGUUUCAUCUUUGUCUUAUUCCACUGAACAAACUCGGAGGUCUGAUGAUUGGAAGGCAGCGAGGGCACAUAAUGAAAGUGGAUUUGUCUAUGAGGGCAGGGUUGAAGGUUUUAAUGGUGGAGGUUUGCUGGUUCGUUUUAAUUCUAUUGUGGGUUUUCUUCCCUUCCCACAGCUAAGCCCCUAUCAUUCAUGUAAAGAACCACAGAAAAGCAUCCAGGAGAUUGCGAGAAGUCUAAUUGGUUCAUUUAUUUCUGUCAAGGUAAUCCAAGCAGAUGAGGAGAAUAAGAAGUUGAUAUUCUCUGAAAAGGAAGCCAUGUGGUCAAAGUUCUCAGAACAAAUUAAUGUAGGGGAUAUUUUUGUAGCAAGGGUGGGUUCUGUUGAGGAUUAUGGUGCUUUUGUUCACUUAUGCUUCCCUGAUGGUUAUUAUUAUCUCACUGGACUUGUACAUGUUUCUGAGGUUUCAUGGGAUUUAAUUCAAGAUGUUACAGACAUUUUAAGUGUGGGUGAUAAAGUAAGGGUCAAAAUUAUUAAAAUAGACAGAGAAAAGUCGAGGAUUGCAUUGUCAAUCAAGCAAUUGGAGGAAGAUCCUCUUCUAGAAACCUUGGACAAAGUGAUUCCUCAGAAUGGCAGAGGUGAUUCUAAAUCUUUGAGUAUGGGCAAUAGUUAUGAAAUUGAGCCUCUUCCAGGGCUUCAAGCUAUAUUUGAGGAGCUACUUCGUGAAGAUGGUAUAAAUGAUGUAAGAAUUAGUCAGCAAGGAUUCGAAAAGCGGGUGGUUUCCCAAGACCUGCAGUUGUGGCUUUCAAAUGCACCAGCCACUGACAAACAGUUUACUCUUCUUGCCCGUGCUGGACGUCAGGUCCAGGAAGUGCAACUGACGACGUCACUUGAUCAGGAAGGUGUCAAAAAGGCAUUGCAGCGGGUGCUGGAGCGUGUUCCCUGACUUCAAUUGAAAUGCCCUUUUGUUGUGCAUAUAUUGCGACUUUGUUGUGAGGCCCGCGACAGAUUCUCCUUUUAUUCUUGGGCAGCUUCUGUAAAAGUGGUUGUCAACUCCAAGCAUGUCACUGUUCUGUAUAUUGCAUCCACAGGUCUAUUUUUACAAGGCAAGUUUUUUUUCCAAAUUUUUAAUGCCCUUGAAAUAUUAUUUUAUUGUCCUAAUGCUAUGCACCCUAUGAAGCUGUGACUGAGUGGCCAUCCUUGUUUCACCUGAACAAUGUGCUAGCAUUUAGCUGUAAACUUGGCUCCCAAGUAAAUAAUAUUUGUAGUCAAAAUAUUAGCGAAUAUUAUUUGUAAGCUCUACACGUAUACCUUUCUUUGGAUGAAUUUGUGUUUAUAUUUAUGUUGUUACCAAAUUAUUUGUAAA